GAUUGAAUAUCAGAACGUAACCUUGGUAUAAUUUAAUAAUCACGUUCAGUGUUCAAUCAUUAUCUCACAUUAAGUUGUUAAUUGGGUCAAUUGAUUCGUAGUAAUUAAUAGAUUCAACGUUGUACAUAACAUCACGUUACAUAUACCCUAAACAUCCUUUUAAAAGAAAAAAAAAAAAUACAUAAGUAGAUAACUAUUUAUCUGACAAUAUGGAUUAUCGUAGUCAACAAUUAAUGAAAGAUGAUGUAUUAGAAGCACAAAGCACAUCCAAGUCGAACACAAAUUCUGCAAAAAGCUCUAAGGAGAAAGAUGUCAUGUCUACAAGCUCAUCAGUGCCUAGGAAGCUCAAGGUGGAAAUGCAAACACUGCAAAUAUCUGAGGAAUCUGAGCAACAACUCUAUGACAGUCUUAUACAUAUUUAUGGAAAUGAUUUUAAACUUGCUGACACUGCAGAGCUUGAAGAAAAAACAUCAAAUUUAGACAAACAAUACUGGAUGGAGCGAGGUAAUUUAGUUGUCAAAGGAAUAGUAGAUUAUUCUUCUAAAGAUACCACGCCGAAGACCCAGGACCAAAUAACACAGCAAUUUGCUACAUCUAAAUUAGAAAGCUAUGGUUUCCAUCUUUCACAUUGUAUACAAGCUUUAACGUAUACAAAAGGCAAUUUGGGGAAAUCUUUAGAACUAUUAUUUUGUAAAUAUUAUGGAGUUGAAAAUAUUCAAAAAAAUGAAAACUCUGAAAUUCCGGAUGCUGCUGAAUUAUUGGAAAGACAACUGGAAGAAAAGGAAGCACUUGAAUCAAUUUAUGGCGAUGCGUUUAGUGAAAAAAUAAAAAAUAGCAUUUGGAUGGUACAAUUAAAGUUAGAUUAUUUAACAAAUAAUAAAAAAGUUAUACAAGAAGUAAAAAAGCAAGAAAAGAAAGUAUGUCAAUUUUUUGUUCAUAAUAAAUGCACAUUUAAAGACAAAUGCAGAUUUCUACACCAAUUACCACAGAAAGUAUCCAAUGUGCCAAUUGUAGAAGAUCCUUAUUUCACGUUAGAGAUAAGAUUCCCCGAAGGAUCUAAAUAUCCAUAUGAACCACCAUAUUUUUAUUUUUAUAAGAACAAUGAAAUAUUUCCACGUAUAAAAUGCCUAAGAAUAGCAAGAAGAUUGUACAAUGAAGCCUUACUUUUAUCUCUUGACGGUAUCCCGUCGAUAUUUUCUAUAAUUUCAUUAUUAGAAGAUGAAUACAAUAUAAAAACUUAUUUGGAAGAAAAUAAGGAACAAUUUUUGCAUCAGUAUGAAGCAUUGUGCCCAAAAGAACAAGAGAAAGAAGAAGAAUUGCCUAGUCAUUACAAACUUGGUAGCACCAGUAAGAAAAACAGAGAUAAUAUCUCCUGGGAACAGAUUAAUAAAGAAAAUGAUUUAAUAGAAAAAAAAUUUAUGGAUAAAAAGGAAAAUCCUAAUUAUAUGAGAAUGCAGGAGGUACGAAAAAAAUUGCCAGCAUGGUCCAAGACAAAUGAAAUUUUGGAAACUGUACACGAAAAUCAAGUUGUUAUCAUUUCUGGCGAAACCGGAUGUGGCAAAAGUACUCAGGUACCACAAUUUAUUUUAGAUGAGUGGAUUAUUAAUAGAUUAAAGUCGAAGGAUAAGCCUCAUAUUAAUAUAAUUUGUACUCAACCACGAAGAAUAAGUGCCAUAGGGGUUGCAGAACGAGUGGCAGCUGAGAGAGAUGAAUCUGUAGGAAAUACAAUUGGAUAUCAGAUACGUUUGGAAAGCAAAAUAUCUAGUAAAACACGACUAACAUUUUGCACCAUGGGAAUAUUAUUGCAGAAGUUGUCGGGGAAUCUCGAGUUAUCGGAUGUGACUCACAUUAUAGUUGACGAGGUGCAUGAGAGAAGCGCCGACAGUGAUUUCUUACUCAUGCUUUUAAAGGAAUUAUUACCGAAAAGGCCGUCUUUGAAAAUAAUAUUAAUGAGCGCAACACUUAAAGCCGACACAUUCUCUUCAUACUUUGGAAAAGCCCCAGUUCUAAAUAUCCCGGGAAAAACUUUUCCAGUCGAACAAAUCUUUCUCGAAGACGCACUCGAAAGAAUAGGAUAUGUUCUCGAAGAAAAUACUCAGUUCACUCGUAAGCUCAAAUGUGAUUGGGAUCAGUUUCAAACCGAACUGGAAAUGGCUGAUUUGAAAAUUGGCGAAUACGCCAAUACACCCAAAGAAUCUAUCAAGGAUGAAAAUUUGACGCUGGUGCAACUCGUCAGUAGAUAUCGUGGCUAUUCCAAGCAGACGUAUAAAAGCUUAUACAUUAUGAAUCAGGAAAAGAUUAAUUUUGAGUUAAUAGAAAAGACUUUAGAAUGGAUUGUUUUUGGAGAACAUGACUAUCCCAAAACGGGUUCUAUUUUAGUAUUUCUACCAGGUAUGAAUGAUAUUCUUGCAAUGAAAGAUCGAUUACAUCACAAUAAUAAUUUCUCGCCAAACAAUAAAGGAUUUCUUAUCAUACCUCUGCAUUCGAGUCUUUCUAAUGAAGAGCAAAAUCUUGUAUUUAAAAAAACCGGAAAAGAUAUCCGUAAAAUCGUACUUAGCACGAAUCUGGCUGAAACGUCUAUAACCAUAGACGAUUGUGUAUUCGUGAUUGAUUCAGGAAAGAUCAAGGAAAUGAGAUUCAAUUCGAAUCAGAAUAUGGAAAGUUUAGAGACUUGCUGGAUAUCACGAGCAAACGCUGUGCAAAGAAUGGGUCGUUCUGGUCGAGUAAUGCCUGGAGUGUGCAUCCAUUUGUACACCUCGCAUAGAUUCAAAUAUCACUUUGCUGCACAACCGAUACCAGAAAUACUAAGAAUUCCUUUGGAACCGUUACUUCUACAUAUUCAGCUUAUGCAUAAAGGAAAAAAAGUAGAUCUAUAUGAGAUAUUGGGGAAAGUGAUAGAACCACCAACAAUUGACAGUAUUACGAGCGCCAUAAUACGUUUGCAGGAUGUCGGCGCCUUUAACUCGGAACGUGUAUUAACACCGCUUGGUCAUCAUUUAGCCAAACUACCUGUAAAUGUACGAAUCGGAAAAUUGAUACUGUACGGCGCGAUUUUUUGCUGCUUGGAUUCCGCGCUUACUAUCGCCGCGUGUUUGUCGCACAAGAGUCCAUUUAAUGUACCAAUGGAUAUGAUAAAUAAGGUCAAUCCCAAGAAAACAUUUUACAUGGCUGAAUCAGACCAAUUAACCGUCCUCAACGCUUAUAAGAAAUGGUUAGCCGCGUAUUCACGCAGCGCUUAUGCUGGUCAAGUGUUCGCUUUUAAAAAUUAUUUAUCCAUAAAUACAUUGCGUACUUUAGCGGAUAUAAAAUAUCAAUUUUUGGAGUUGUUAGUAUCGAUCGGUUUCGCGCCUAUCGAUUUACCCAAGAGACGACCCAAGAUUGACAAUAUCUUAGAGAUCACUGGAGAUGAAUUGAAUGUCAAUAAUGAUAAUUGCAAGCUAUUGCAGGGUCUUCUCUGUGCGGCAUUAUAUCCUAACAUUGUAAAAGUUUUUACACCUGGAAAGUCAUUCCAAGCACAAUCUACUGGCAUGAUACCAAUGUCGCCCAAACCAAACGAAUUGAAGUUCAGAACGAGACACGACGAUUUCGUCAACAUUCAUCCAUCAUCUGUGAAUUUUCACAUUGGACAUUUCACAAGUCCGUAUUUAGUAUUCCAGGAGAAGAUCAAGACUAGCAAAGUUUUCAUUAACGAAGUGUCCAUGAUCCCAAUUUUGUCUUUAAUAUUAUUCUCUAGUUAUGAAUUACGCACGGAAAUGCAUAACGGAAGAUAUAUGCUUUCUUUGGACGAUGGUUGGAUUAUGUUCGCGAUAGAAUCACACAAUGUGGGGCUACUCUUGCAAAGAAUGAGAAUAGAACUGACAAAAUUACUAGAGCAAAAGAUGCAAGAUCCUCUAUUGAAUCUUUUAAACCAUCAACAAGGCAAAUCAAUUAUACAUACAAUUAUAAAUAUAGUAACGAAGGAAUAGUCAAGAAAAAAAUAGUUACCAAUUACAAAUGUUAUAUAGCAGAGUACAUGAGGCCUUAAGAAAAAAUAAACAUUGUGUUAUAUAUAUGUUAUGAAAAGAAUUUUGAUAUAAUCUAUGCAGAACCUGUAUCAUACUGACUAAUAUAUAGAACAUUUUAUUUUUUAUUAAGGUGAUAUAUUGACAAGUAGCUUUUCAAGGAGCUAAUGUUUUUAACUUUGGUGAUUUGCAAUAAACUAAUUUAUAUUUAACUGCCAAGUUCGUAAGUACAUAAUUGCAAUAAA